AUGGCUGCCAGCGAUCGCUCCGCCGUCGAGGAAGCGGCCCUUGCUGCCAGCGGUCGCUCCGCCCUCCGGCUCGGCGAAGAGAAGAUUGGUGUCAUCGAAGUGGACAGCUUCCCCGCGCUCGGCCGCCUAUGCGCCUUCCGAUUCCUGGAGUGGGCGCAGAGCCACCCGGACGGCGUGGUUGCGCUGCCAACCGGCCGGACACCAGAGCACUUUAUCGCCUGGACCAGCCGCCUCCUGCGUGGCUGGGCGUCGGCCGACCCGUCGACGCUGCAGCUGUUGCGGGAAGGAGGGAUCAGCCUCUCUGCUGGCGUCCCCGAUAUGGCCUCGCUCCGGUUCGUCCAGCUCGACGACUUUUACCCGAUGCACCCUGACCACCCGAACCGCUUCACAAACUACGUGCGCUUGCUCUACAUCGACGCGAUCGGCUUGGACGCAGACAAGGCGCUGCUGAUGGACGGCCUCUGGACGCUCGGCUGCGACGCCGGCUGCGACGCCGGGCAGCUCUUCGCUGACGGCGUCGACCUUACGCUGCGCGAUCGCGAGGCGGUCGACCAGUACUGCAGCGACUUCGAGGCCAAGGUGCGAGGCAUGGGCAUCGGUCCGGACGGUCACGUCGCCUUCAACUGCGCCGGCUCGGGGCGGCACUCCGUGACGCGGCUGACCAAGACAAACUACGCGACGCAGGCGGCGGCGGCGGGAGAUUUGGGCGGGAUCGAGGCGGCGCGGCGCGGCGCGGUGGUGACGAUCGGCCUCGGCACGGUCUGCUUCAACGAGCGUUGCGUCGCCUACCUCAUGGCAGCGGGCGAUGCGAAGGCGCGGGUGGUGCAGCGAGCGUGCGAGGCGCCCGCGAGCGACGCGGCGAGGCUGGCGGCGGGCGCUUCCGACGUGCCUGGCCGGUCAUACGUCCAUACGGCCCCGCACCAUGACGACAUCAUGCUCGGCUACCUGCCACUGGUCCGCCGCCUCGUGCGUGACCCGACCGCAACGCACCGCUUCCUCUACGCCACGUCGGGCUUCAACGCCGUCACAAAUGCCUUCGCGCGCGAGCGGCUCGAGGCAGCCGCCGCCGAGCUCCGACGCAAGGACUCCCCCCUCGCGGCACUCUGUGCGGCAGGAGGACUGGCGCCAGACGCAGGCUCGGCGGGGCUGAGGGCGGCGGUGGCUCAGCGGACAGCGCGGUGUGCUCAAGAGGAUGCGCCGCUGCUCCAGCGCCUCAAGGGCGGCUUGCGCGAGUUCGAGGCCGACCUGCUCUGGGCCUACCACGGCUUCGGGCGGAACGAGGUGUCGCACCUGCGGCUUGGCUUCUACAAGGGCGAGCGCUUUACCGAGGAGCCGACACGGCGAGACGCGAGGCCGAUCCUCGCCGCCCUCGAGGAGACGGGGCUCGACGUGGCGGCUGCAAUGAGAGGCUCCGGCCCAGACACGCACUUCAAGGUGCUUCAGGCGGUGGCGGAGGCGCUGCGGCUGUGGCGGGAGGGCGACCCCGAGGCUGCGCGGGCGGUGCGCGUGUGGGGCUACCGCAACGUCUGGUUCCGCUUCUCCAUCGCCGAAGCGACGCACGCCGUGGCGUGCUCUCCGGCCGACACCGCGGCGCUCAAUGACUCCUUCGCUGCCUGCUUCCUCUCGCAGCUCGACGCCUCCUUCCCCUCGCCGGAGUACGACGGGCCCUUCUCGCACCUCGCGCAGAUGGCGCAGGCGCGCCAGUACGCCGAGUUCGCCACGCUGCUCGGCGCCGACGCUUUUGCGGCGCACAGCUGCCGCGAGCUGCGCGCGGCGCCACGCGCUCCGGCUAGGCACAGGGCGAGGCCACGGGGCACGCCAACCUCGCUGCUCCUUUUGGCGCGUUGCGUGUGCCGCAUCUGUAUCUGUGGAUCGACGCAGCGCGUUAACCUUCCCGCGCCGCCGCUCAGCAUGGACCAGGCGGACUGCUAG